AUGGCUGGUGGUGAAGCAUCUUCUCACAAUCUUCACUCCUCUACGCCUAUUGUGGGUGAGGGUGUUCAUGGGAGGAGAGUAGACUUAGAAGGUGAUAGUUCUAGUGAAAGUGAUCCCAACAAUGAAUAUCAAGGUGAUCCUGAGUAUGAACAAAGUGAUGAUGAAUUGGUUGUUGAAGACAAUGCAGAAAUACAUCUAAAAGGACUAGGGAAAAGGGUAGUAGAGAUUGAUGUAGAAGAUGUGCCAUUGGAUAACUCUGACAAAGAGUAUACACGAGAGGAUAGUUCUGAUGAUGGGGAUGUUUCAAAUGAAGAUGAACUCAGCAAGUUACACAAACCUAAAAGAUGCUCUAGGAAGCCCCAUAAUAGAUUUGCUACUUCAAAAUGGUUAAAUAAGAAGUACUUAAAUGAAUUCAAGAGCAAUGAUAAAUGGAGUAUUUCUUCAUUUAUGGAAAAAGUGAGCAAAGACCAUGUCAUUGAAAUUUCCAAAGAUAAGGCCUAUAAAGCUCGAAAACUUGCAACAAAAUCUAUUGAAGGCACUUAUGAAGGGCAGUAUGCUGCUCUAUGGGACUAUGCUGAGGAGAUUAAGUACACAAAUAAGGGUUCCACAGUUGAGUUUUUAACUGAAUCAGGAGACAAUGGGAGGCCACAUUUUAAGCGAAUGUACAUUUGCUUUUCUGGUUUAAAAGAAGGAUUCAGUGCUGGAUGUAGGCCAGUAAUUGGGUUAGAUGGCUGUCAUAUUAAAGGACCGCAUCCUGGACAACUAUUGACUGCUAUUGGGAUCGAUGCAAACAAUGGCAUGUAUCCUGUUGCAUAUGCUGUGGUAGAGAUUGAAAGUAAAGAUUCUUGGAGUUGGUUUUUAAAUUGUUUGAGGGAUGACUUAAAAAUUGAGAACUCCAACUAUUGGACAUUCAUCUCGGAAAAGCAAAAAGGCUUGAAACAAUCAUUAAAAGAUCUAUGGGAGGAAGGUGUACCUGAGGCAGAGCAUAGGCAUUGUGCAAGGCAUUUGGAGAAGAAUUUUAUCAAAGUUUACAAAGAUAAAAAGCUCAAGGAGCUCUUAUGGAAGGCUGCAAGAGAGGUUAGUGUUCGUAGGUUUGAAGGUGUGAUGGAAGAGAUUAAGAAAAUUGACGAGUCUGCUUUUGAUUGGUUAAUGGAAGCAGGGCCCCAACAUUGGAGCAGAUCACACUUUAGGACUCAUCCAAAGUGUGACAUUUUGUUGAAUAACUUGUGUGAGACAUUUAAUGGGACAAGGGCAAUAUUGGCUGCAAGAGAUAGACCAAUAUUAUCCAUGCUAGAAAGAAUUAGAAUGUAUUUACUACAGAGGCUUACCAAGAAUAGGCAUGCAGUAUUGAUGUGGAACUCUAGCAUUGCUCCAAGGAUGCAAGACAUUAUUGAGAAGAACAAGGAUAUAGCUAGAAGCCAUCUCCCUAUCAAGUCUUCGGAUUUCAUCUACCAAAUUACCACUAUGUAUGGUAGCUUGUACUAUGUUGGCUUGAAGCAAAUGAAAUGUAGUUGUAGAAAAUGGGAACUCACUGGCAUUCCAUGUAGUCAUGCAGUGGCUGCAAUCUGGCAAAGAAGGGAAGAUCCAGAAACUUAUGUAAGUAAAUGGUACACGAAGGAGUAUUAUUUGAAAGCCUAUUCACAACAGAUAUUCCCAAUUAGGAAUCAAGAUGAGUGGCCAAUAACUGGUAACGUUGGAUUGAUCAAGCCUAUAUCCAAGAUUCAACCGGGUAGACCAAAGAGAAGUAGAAAAUUAGAGCUUGAUGAAAUGUUUCCUCGAACAGGAAGUAAAAUGAAGAGGAGGUACAUCACAAUCAAAUGUUCAGGAUGUGGUGUAACAAGUCAUAAUUUUAGAACGUGUGCUAGAAAUAAAGAGAAAAAUUCAGACAUCAAUCCUGAUGUUGCUCAGCAUACUUCUACUGAUUCAACCAUACCAUUUACAAACACCAACCAGAUUUAG